AUGAGCCGCUCCUCUCUCAGGUCCGCCAAGGGGUCCAGAGCACAGACUUGACUCUGUGGGGCCAAAAGUGUGAGGAAGGUUCCCUGAGGUGUGCGUCCUUGGGGGGCCCCCCCACGCCCCCGCAGAACAUGGAGACCAGGCGCCCUCUGGAGAUGGUGGUCCUCCUGGUCCUGCUCACCGCCAUAGGCUUACCGCUGACCAACCAAACCUCUAUCAACUGUCACGUCUGUGAGCAAGAGAACAGCCUUAACUGCACGAAUCCACAGACGUGUCCUGAAUCGAAAAAGUACUGUGUGGUGGUUGCCAUUCGACUAUUUGAACGUUUCUACAUUUCAUCAAAACAGUGCACCAGAAACUGUCCAGUCACUCCAUAUUUCCCUUCUUCCCCUGAGGGAAGUUCUAAUCCUGCACCGCCCCAGCCUAAGAACUUUGUGGUCCAAAAACCCUUGCCCUUCUUAUAUUCAAGGUGCUGUAAGUGGGACUUGUGUAAUCAGUAUGGGCCACACCUCUUAUAUUACAAGGAGCAGCCUGGGAAAGCCAGUGAGAGGAGACACAGAUACACUGAGCUGUUCCUGCCUGGCUUCAUGGUCCUUAUUGCUACCGGGCUCACAGCCCUCAGCCUGCAGUAAGUAAGCUACAGAUGGACCUGGAGCAUGCCUUGUGGGGCAUGAAUUUCCCGUACCCUGCCGGACCCUUCUAAAUAAAUUUGUUUCCCUUGGUUA